UCAAAAAUAAAAUGGAAAAAACUGAUGGUUCUGGGAAUGACGAAAGUGACAGCAAGUUAGAGGAACAUUCAGCAAAAAUUAACAAACUUGAAAGAGAAGUUGAACAGCAGUCUGGCGAAAUAAAGAAAUUGAAGAAAAGAUUUGAAGAGCUUCAAACAUUGAAUAGCAAUUUAGUAGAGGAGCAGACAAAAACUGCGCAACAUACUAUUGAGAUCAAAGAUUUAAAAAAAGAUUGGACUGAAGUUCAACAAACGAAUAACAUUUUGGUGGAAGAAUUGAAUGAACAAAAGAAAACAAACGAGCAGAUGAAGGAAGAUUUGAUUCAAGUUCAACAAACAAAUAUAAAUUUGAAAAAACAACUGGAUGAACAGAGGAAAACGAACGAUGAGAUAAUGAAAGGAAACUGCAAAUUAAAAGUUGGAAAUAUCUGUUAUUUCGCUGUGAUACAUGAUGUCGUCUACAACAAAGCAGUUAAUAUUUGUAAGAAACGUAACGCAGAUGUUGGUUUGAUUCGAGAUAAAGAAUCUUACAACGUGAUUAUGAAUGACUUAAGAAAGAAUAUUCCAAAAAGAAGGACAUUGGUUAGAAUAUGAACAGGAAUUAAGUUUAAU